UACACAUGUAUAAUUUCCAAAAACAGGUCUUUCAAGUUAUGGCAAUAGUUUUAAAUAAGUGGGAAAGUUGAUCUGAAUCAGUUCAGUCUGAAGCUAACAAUGUUUAUCACUAGACUUGCCAUUUUUGUGCUACUUAUCGUUUCGAUUAGCCAAGCUAAGGAAAGCCAACCCUUUGACUUCUUCAAAGGAACCUAUAACGAUUUCACCGAUUGUCUAAGAACCAAUAAUAUUACCAUUGCGGAGUAUGAAAAGUUUGACGAUACCAGUAAUUUGGAUAAUGUCCUCAAGGAAAAUGUCGAACUGAAGUACAAGUGCAACAUCAAGUGCCAACUGGAAAGAGAGCCAACAAAAUGGCUAAAUGCUCGAGGCGAAGUCGAUCUGAAAGCAAUGAAAGCAACCAGUAAGGCAGCGGCAUCCAUAUCAAAGUGCAUGGAAAAGGCUCCCAAUGAAUCCUGCGCCUACGUCUACAAAUUGGUAAUAUGUGCAUUUAAGGCUGGGCAUCCGUCAUCCGUCAUCAAGUUCGAAUCAUAUGAGCACAUAACAGAGGAAACCGCUGGGCUAGCAGCCAACCAGCAGGACUAUCUGGAUGAUUACGAUACCCUAGAUGUAUAAAAUCAAAUCAGUGUCGCCAUAGUCAAUACAAUAUACAAUAAUUUUAA